AUGCCUAUCAAUCAUGUUUGGAUCAUUUUCUUUGAUGGAGGACCCCUUUACGAUAAACGCAUCCUGUUUUCAAGCCCUGCUCCUAAACGGCGACUGUCGACUGGCGUUAAUAUCCUUGUAUAUUUUCCAAGCUCUCCCUUGAUGCUGAUGGCGGAGUCUUUUCGAUUAAUGGAGAACGGUAAAAAGAAGAAGCAAUUAUAG